UGCGGAAGUUGAAGUAUACGUCAUUAGUGACGGUCUGAAGCGUUAGCCUAACUUUCGCUUUUCAUUUUAAAAACGUAUGUGUCAUGGCCACAUUUUUUGGUGAAGUUUUGUCAGUGUUUUCUCGGGCAGUGGAAGAUGAGGACGGCGAGGAGUUAGUGGAAGACGAGGAAGAUGAACAAAUUCGCAGAGAGUUGGAGGAAAAGAGGGAAGUUCAUUUGCACUGGAACUCGGAAGUGUCUGAAUCACUGCAGUCUGGAAACAAGUUGCAGUGUUCCGAUUUCAUUCUUGCUGUGGGACACAAUGCUGCCAGCUUUCUGUCAGUGUACGUUCUCACCUCUUCAUCCUGGGAAACCGUGGGUCAUGUGUCAGUGUGGAACGAGAGGACAAAGGCUUCAACUGGUCAGAGCAGCAAAGAGUCAGCGUGUGUUUUUCACAGAAACAAAGACGAUCCUUCUGUUUUGAUAUGCCAAGUGUUUUGCUACAUCGCAGAUGACCAGCUUUUUCAGUGGACUGAAAAGGUCUUUGCUUGUCUUCAGCACAGAGGGUUAAAUGUGACAGUGCUGUCUGAUUGCUCUGUGACUGAUUACAUGACAGCAGACCAUCUGUGCACUAGCUCUGCCCCAUUCCUGCGUUCUCUCCACACUGGUGUAUUCAGUGGCCGCACUGCCUGCCCAUCACUGGAGCAACCCAACAUAAUCACUGGGCUCUCAGCUUCAGUACUGAAUCACUGCCAGGUUUACAGGAUCGCUGCUGUUGUUUACCAGUGUUACAGUGAUGUCAACGGCCCCGACUCUGUCUCUAUGGAGACCUUCAAGCCUGCACUUGCCAAACUUGGAAAAUCCAUACAGCUAGACUCCUCUCCCAGCACAGAUGUCCUGCGAAAAUCUGUCCAAACCACUGACAUUAAGAGUAACCUAUAUAUCUGAAUAUGGCCAGAUUGCACACUGUGUGGUGCAAUUAAGUUACAGUUCACUUGAUUAAAUACUGUCAUUUUUUAAAAAUAAACUACUUAAAUCUAAAAAAAA